AAUUUUAGAAAACCAACCAAACAGCCCCCUUAAGGCCCCCAAAUCCAGUACCCCAAUUCCAUCCAUCGAUCGAUCUAGGGUUUCCUUUUGGUCCUUGUAGCUGUUCUCUCCGCCCGAUUCUUCUUCUCUAUUUCGCUCUUUUGUCCGCCGAGGAGAAGAAGGGUUCGGAUCCCUGCUCCCUGCUCAAAUUCGACUAAUUUAUUAUUGACUGUUCUUCGAAUCUGCAUAAAAGGGCCGGUUAGGGCAGAGAGAAAUUGAGGGAGGAGGCGAGUUAAGGAGUCGCCAAAGGAUCCAGGUAAUGAAACUUUCCCUGCGUUCGUUUACAAGGUGAAAGAAAACUUUGAUCUUGAAGACGGUGAUGACGAGUUGUGAUGGAUUUAGCGUCGCCGUUCUGAAGAAAAAAGUUAGAGCUCUGGCGACCCCCAGUGAACAUGGAGGAAUCGAUGACUGUCAUCCAUAAUUGUAGGCGCAAGAGAAUAGCAACUGAAGAUCAGGAACGAAAGAGAAAAAGAACUGAUGGCAUCAAUAACUUAACUGACGACACAUUAUGCUACAUCCUGUCGUUCUUGUCUACGAAAGAAGCAACUAGAACCAGCAUUUUAUCGAAAAGGUGGAAGAAUAUAUGGAAAUCUACUGGAAGCAUCAAACUGGAUAUAGAUGAAGUGUUGGGAGUCUUCCCUCAUGUUAAUACUACACCAAAUCAAAGGGCUGAGGAGUUCUUCAGAGUGGUUACUAAAUGUCUUUGUGAAAAUUUUAAUCCCCUUACCAAGACUCUUCAUCUUCAUCUAUGCUCGGUCCUCCCUGAUGCACAUGUGCUAUAUUACUGGUUUAGCUUGAUGAUGCGCAGCCAUCUCGACAACCUUGUUCUCGACUUCAGUGGUGCUCCCAGACAUUGUCCUAUUCCAUAUAAUCUUCUAUUUCCUAAAGGUGAUGAAUUAAGAUUGAAGAGUUUGAGCCUCACACAUUGUGAUAUCUUGAGACCGUUGAACACCGUUUCAAAUCAUUAUUGCAGCUCCCUUGUGUCACUAGCUUUAUCAGACGUGAUCCUUCCGAAAAAUUUUAUAGACUUCAUUGCUAGUUAUCCCUUGCUGAGAUGUCUCACUAUUCAGGACUGUAGCAUCGAAAAUAUGGAGAUGAAGAUUCUGUGUGGUGGAUUCAAGCCUCUUAGAGUGCUUGGGUUGAGGUGUAUGAAACUCACGCAAGAACUUGUAGACAAUCUUUUGACAAAUUUUUCUCUCCUAGAACAACUAUCUUUAGAUGAUUGUGCUAUUAUGCCCUUCGAUUCGUCCCCUCUUGAAAUACGCGGACCUAUCAAUCUCAACUGUCUGGAAGUAUCCAAAUGUCGUGGUCUAAAGGAGCUACGGGUAUUUGCCACACGUCUUGAGAGAUUUGCACUUAUUUCAAAGGAUGGCAUGGAUCUCCUUCCAAGAGUCACUUUUAAGCUCUUAGACGAUGAUUGCAGUGAUUUUUCUUCCAUACAGGGAAAAGGAUCGCUAUUGAGGCAAUUGGAACUACAGUGCAUCGAAUUUUCGAUUGAUUUACCACAAUUUAGCUGUCUAGAGACAGUCAGAUUAGAACAAGUGCAUCUCGAAGAGGAAUACAUAACAGUUCUUUUGUCCAACUGUUUACUCCUCGAGAAGCUAAGCAUCAUAAAGUGUGACGGUUUGCCCCUUCUUAGCAUCAUCGGGCCUUCACUACAACUCAAGCAACUGACAGUAUGUUGGUGCAAUCACUUGAAGAAAUUGGAGAUAUGUGAGAUGAAUCUUGUUCAAUUGGAAUAUCAUGGCGAGUUGAUAGUUUUCUCUUUGAGGGAAGUUUCGCACUUGGUAAGCGUGGAGAUGGAAAUUGAUACAGAUGAUGAUAACUCACUGAUUCAUGUCCUCACAAUACUGUCUAGAGAUGUACCACGGCUGGAGACUUUGAUCUUCUAUAUUGAGGGUGGAAAAGUACCUGAGAGUUUCCCUGUGUUCUACACUCUAAAGCAUUUGGUGCUCUUUUUGGGCCGAUACGUGAAGGUCACAAAGGAAUUUUCAUGGGCUACUAAUUUCUUGGCUACCUCGCCUCUCUUGGAAAUUUUUCAAUUGCAACUAUCACGUUGUUUGCUUGAGGACCCAAUACUGAGAACAGAUAAACCAACGCUGUCUGCUGCUUGGCAAUUUACAAACCAAUACCUAAAGGAAAUUGAAUUGUUGGGAUUUAGGGGCGAUGAUAAGGAAAUAGAGUUUGCUUGCAAUUUGCUUCAAAAUGCCAAGUCGUCGUUGAAGAUGAUGAAGAUUGAUGGGGGAUCGAAGCAUAGAGCUGGGUCGCACACGGCAGCACCUCCAGCGGAAUGGGUACAAAGCGGGCGACAAAAGUCACUGAAGGAAAUCAAGAGCAGGAUUGAUGCCGUGCCGGAGAAGUCUUCAAUCGCCGAUUCAGGACGAAAAUGGACCUUGCAAACAAUUAAUAGUGUAUGGAGGCGGUGGAAGUGCUUGCUGAAACGUCAAUGCUUUACUGGUUUGAAAAAUGAUGUGGAAAGAUGGAAAAGAGCCCCAAGACUGUUCCCAAGGGUCAAUUUAGAGCUUUAGUAAAGAUUUGGCAUUCUCAAAAUGCAAGGGAUAAAGGUUCAUCUUUAAGUGCUGAAGGAAAUAAUUGAUCAACAAGUGCUGAUUAUAUCCUAAGCAUGCCAGCUCCCGUGACAAUACAAGCAAGGAUCAUUGUCAUUAAUCAG